GAAACGCCGCGACAAUGGCUCUCUUUUAGGGUUUUCUGGCAGGGGUAAACCCUGGAGUGGAUGCGCGCUUGCGGCGGAUGGAUCCGCCACGGUGAUCCUCGCAUUCCUGCUGCUGCAUUGUCACGGUAAAUUGCGGGCGCGUGAUUCUUCCUCGUCUUGUGUGGCGGAUUGGAUCGCUAGGGUUUUCGAUCCAGGCGAUGGAGGCGGAGGUCGCAGCUGUGCUGGGGAUGGAGAUGGCGCCAUUCGAGGCGCUCGUCGCCCAGCUGAUGAGCCCCACGAACGACCAGCGCGGCCACGCCGAGCAGCUUUUCAACGCUUGCAAGGCGCAGCACCCGGACACGCUGGUGCUCAAGCUCGUUCACACUCUACAGUCCGGGCAUGUCGAGACGCGCGCUAUGUCCGCUAUCCUCUUGCGGAAGCUCAUCACCAAGGACGAGGUCUCGCUCUGGUCGCUGCUCAAUCCCAACACCCACUCCACGCUCAAGACCCAGCUCCUGGUGUGCGUCCAGAGGGAAGAGACCAAGAGCACCCUCAAGAAGCUGUGUGACACUGUGGCGGAGCUAGCGGCCAGUUUGAUCGAGGAUGGGAGCUGGCCAGAGCUCCUUCCAUUCAUGUUCCAGUGCGUGAGCUCCGACGUUCCCAGGCUCCAGGAGAGCGCGCUGCUCAUGUUUGCCCAGCUCGCGCAGUACAUGGGACCUCACCUCCGCUCACACUUGCCGACUUUGCACGCGGUCUUCCAGCAGUGCCUGUCGUCCAACACCUCGAGCGACGUGCGCAUUGCGGCACUCCGCGCGACCGCCAGCUUCGUGCAAACGCUGGAAUCGGUCCAGGAUCGAGAGAGGUUCCAGAACUUGCUACCCGGAAUGAUGCAGACGCUGUCUCUGGCUCUAAACAACAACGAGGAGGCCACAGCGCAGGAGGCUCUUGAGAUGUUUAUCGAGGUUGCCGGGUCGGAGCCAAGGUUUAUGCGACGCCAGCUUGUGGAUGUGGUGAGCACCAUGAUGCAGAUCGCUGAGGCUGAGUCGCUCGAGGAGGGUACUCGUCACUUAGCGGUGGAGUUUUUGAUCACUCUCGCUGAGGCCAGGGAGAGGGCGCCGGGGAUGAUGCGGAAGUUGCCACAAAUGAUCAGCAGGCUUUUCGCGACACUGGUGAAGAUGCUCUUGGAUUUGGAGGACCUUCCGGCGUGGCAUGUCGCUGACACGGAAGAUGAGGACGUUGGAGAGAGCUCGAAUUUUGAAGUUGGUCAGGAAUGCUUGGACAGGUUGGCGAUCUCUCUGGGGGGGAACACGAUCCUGCCGGUUGCAUCGGACAUCCUGCCCGUUUACAUUUCUGAUCCGGACUGGAAGAAGAGGCAUGCCGCGUUGAUCACCCUUGCACAGAUUGCCGAAGGAUGUGCCAAGGUGAUGAUAAAAAAUUUAGAGCCGGUGGUGUCCAUGAUUUUGAAUUCGUUUCAAGAUCCACAUCCCCGAGUUAGAUGGGCUGCUAUUAAUGCGAUCGGACAGCUCUCCACAGAUUUAGGACCUGAUUUGCAACAGCUCUAUCAUCAGCGGGUGCUUCCAGCUCUUGUUGGUGCCAUGGAUGACUACCAAAAUCCUCGGGUUCAGGCUCACGCGGCAGCCGCAAUAUUGAAUUUUAGCGAAAGCUGUACUUCUGAUAUUUUGACGCCUUAUUUGGAAGGUGUCAUCGGUAAAUUGUUGAUUCUUUUGCAGAAUGGAAAAAGAAUGGUGCAAGAAGGUGCUUUGACAGCACUAGCUUCUGUCGCUGAUUCCGCCCAGGUUCAAUUCCAAAAGUAUUACGAUGCAGUCAUGCCGUACCUGAAGACUAUUCUUAUAAAUGCCACAGACAAGCAAAACCGCAUGCUUAGAGCGAAGUCUAUGGAGUGUAUCAGCCUUGUAGGUAUGGCCGUCGGCAAAGACAAGUUCAGAGAUGAUGCGAAGCAGGUGAUGGAAGUUCUGAUGACCCUCCAGGGUGCGCACUUGGAGGAUGACGAUCCAACCAUUAGCUACAUGUUGCAGGCUUGGGCUCGGCUAUGUAAAUGUUUGGGUCAAGAAUUUUUACCGUAUAUGAAUGUUGUUAUGCCACCCCUUCUGCGCUCUGCGCAACUUAAACCAGACGUGACCAUAACGGAUGCGGACACCGAGGACGAAGGGAACGAUACAGAUGACGACAGUGUGGAGACAAUCACUAUCGGGGACAAGAAAAUUGGUAUCAGAACAAGCGUUCUGGAAGAAAAGGCAACAGCUUGUAAUAUGUUGUGUUGUUAUGCGGACGAACUCAAGGAAGGGUUCUUUCCGUGGAUCGAGCAGGUCGCGCCGAUCCUUGUACCCUUAUUGAAGUUUUACUUUCAUGAAGAAGUUCGAAAAGCCGCCGUUUCAGCUAUGCCUGAGCUUCUGAGGUCUGGUAAGCUGGCUGUGGAGAAAGGACAAGCACAAGGGCGGGAUCAAACUUAUGUGAAGCAACUCACGGACUACAUAGUACCGCCUCUUAUCGAAGCUCUCCGCAAGGAGCCCGAGACUGAAAUAAUUUCUAGUAUGCUGGACUCCUUGAAUGAGUGUAUUCAGCUUGUUGGUCCAAUGCUCGAUCAAGGGCAAAUAAAAGCUAUUGUUGAGGAGUUCAAGCAAGUGUUGACAGCGAGCAGCACACGGAAAAGGGAUCGUGCGGAACGAACAAAGACAGAAGAUUUUGAUGCAGAAGAGCGUGAGUUGCUACACGAAGAAAACGAACAGGAAGACGAAGUUUUUGAUCAGAUUGGGGAAUGUAUUGGAACACUCAUCAAAACGUUCAAAGCGUCUUUUGUUCCUUUCUUUGACGAGCUCAUGCCUUUCGUGACACCUAUGCUGUCUAAAGAUCGAACAUCUGAAGAACGAAGAAUCGCAAUUUGUAUUUUUGACGACAUCGCCGAGCAGUGCGGAGAAGCUGCAAUCAAAUACUAUGAUACAUUCCUGCCGUUCAUGCUGGAAGCAGCCAAUGACGUCAAUUGCGAUGUCCGACAGGCUGCCGUAUACGGCAUUGGUGUAUGUGCUGAGUUUGGUGGAGCAAAAUUCAAGCCUGUUGUCCGAGAGGCUUUGGAGCGUUUGAAUGCUGUUGUAAGCCAUCCCGCUGCGCGGCAACAGGAUAACAUCAUGGCAACCGAUAAUGCUGUGUCUGCUCUUGGAAAAAUAUGUCAGUUCCAAAGAGAUAGCAUCGAUGCUACACAGGUCGUCCCUGCUUGGUUGGGCUGUUUACCACUCAAAGGUGACCUUGUAGAAGCCAAAAUUGUCCACGAGCAGCUCUGUAGCAUGGUUGAAAGCUCGGAUCCCCAACUUCUCGGCCCCAACAAUCAGUUUCUACCAAAGAUCGUCUCCGUUUUUGCAGAGGUGCUUAGCUCGGGAGCAGAGCUAUCAAACGAACAAACUGCUGCACGCAUGGUGACUUUGCUGAGACAGAUGCAGCAAAGACUCCCCCCGGCUGCUCUUGCUUCGACAUGGUCUGCGUUGCAACCUCAGCAGCAGGCUGCGCUACAGUCGAUUUUGUCACCUCAAACAUCGUGAUCGCGCGAGCGGAGAUUUGUUUUGGAUCAUUGCUUUAACAUUUUUACAGAGGUUUGAGGGGCAGGAACGGUUUUCUUCUCUUUUUUUUCUAUCUCCUUUUUCUUUUUCUUCUUCCCUGUGAAGGGGGCGUCGAGUUAAGAGUGGUGGUCAUAUUACUUUUUGUGCGUCUUACAAAUGUGAGAAAUAAUAAGAAAAAAAAAAGGCUUGUGAGAUCA